AUGAGUGACUUUGGCCCCGAGUACAGCAAGGCUGACAAGAAGAGGGAAUACAAUCGAAAUGCUCAGCGGGUAUUUCGUCAACGACGGAAAGAACACCUGAGCAAGCUGGAGCAGGCGCAUCGUGAGAAGCAGGACAUGCAAAGCGACGAGAUGCAACGUCUCCGACGAGAGAACCAAGCUCUUCAGGCGGAGAACGAGUCGCUGAAAGCAGCAUACGCCUCGCAAGGAAACUCCCCUGCGCCAUCUCUCAGUCCCAUAGACACGAGACUCAACGCCCAUCUGCCCUACGGCGAACCUCAAAUGUCCUUGGAAGCCGUCAGCGCAACGACGCCAGCCGCGAUGACACCUGUCAUCCCGACGAUGAUGCAAGAUCACUCGAGCAUCGUUGUCGUGCAGCCGAACAACAUCCAUGAGAUACGAAGAUACCUACAUCAGGUGUUCGCCCCAUUGCUCGAUAUGUCAGUCAUCCACAACCCGCAAGCUCACCUCGCGACGCUUCAGGCUCUACGACCUUCACUGCCUUCGUCCCUGAAGCCUUCUCAGCUGCAGCUGACCACAACGCACAACGUCUACAUCGACAUGAUUCCCUCGCCCCAUCUCCGAGAUCAGCUGAUUCGCGUCGGCCCUGCUCGAGCCAGCAGCUUCCUGAUGGAGGCAUGCACGUUGGUGUGCCAGAUUGAAGAUGUUGGACAAAUGACUAUCUGGGGUGAGGACUGGUUGAACGAGUUCUCGUGGGAGUUCUCGCCAGCCGUUCUCGAGCGCUUCGGGCCGUGGCUUCUGGGCCGGGAAUGGGGACAGCGGGCGAAUUACUGGCGCAAGCAACGGGGUGCUCCGAGACUACCAGGCUAUGAUUGA